CAAAUUCCCGGAAGUACUGAGGAGUUGUUGAUUGUUGAACUUUAAAAGAAACGAACCUAUCUGUAAGCUCUUAGGUACAAUUUACGAUAUCUGCCGAUGGCAGUCAUGCUGAGUAGAAGUUCCAGACAGCUUUGCAAUGUUUCGCUCUGCACUUUUGCUUUGCAUAAAUGGCGAUGUUAUAGCGCACAGGGACAGAUUCCAAGUCAGGUUCUGGAUUCUUUUCGAGCUGUGGUAGGAAAUGAUAACGUGAGUACUGGAACUUCAGUCCGGGCACAGCAUGGGCGAGAUGAGUCAGUUCACAGUUGUAGGCCUCCUGAUGCUGUUUUAUGGCCAAAAUGUGUGGAGGAGGUUAGCGAGCUUGCAAGGAUUUGCCAUAGGCACAACAUUCCUAUCAUCCCUUUUGGCACAGGCACUGGCUUAGAGGGUGGAGUUGUGGCUAUGAACGGAGGUGUAUGCUUUGAUCUACUAAAGAUGGAUAAAAUCCUUAACUUACAUGAGGAAGAUUUUGAUGUCACUGUUGAACCAGGUGUAACCCGGACUGCCCUUAAUAGAUAUCUCCGAGACAGCGGCCUCUGGUUUCCUGUGGACCCAGGAGCAGAUGCAUCACUUUGUGGGAUGGCUGCUACCAGUGCAUCUGGGACUAAUGCAGUCCGUUAUGGAACUAUGAGGGAGAAUGUUUUGAACUUAGAGGUUGUGCUUUCAGAUGGUUCAGUCAUUCACACAGCAGGGAAAGGACGUCGUGCAAGAAAGACAUCAGCAGGCUACAACCUUACUAAUCUGUUUGUUGGAUCAGAGGGGACACUUGGCAUUAUUACUAAAACUACACUCCGCUUGUAUGGCAUUCCAGAAACAAUUGUUUCAGCAGUUUGCUCCUUUCCAUCUGUUCAAGCAGCUGUAGACAGUACUGUGCAGAUUUUACAGUGUGGAAUUCCAAUUGCCAGAAUAGAAUUUCUGGAUGAUGUGAUGAUUGAUGCUUGCAAUCGCUAUAGUAAGCUGACAUACCCCGUCACUCCUACACUGUUUCUUGAAUUUCAUGGAAGUGAAUGUAGCUUAGAAGAACAAGUCACAGCAACAGAAGAGAUCACCAAAUCAAAUGGAGGUUCUGAAUUCAGCUGGGCAAGAGAUCAAGAGAUGCGAAAUCAACUGUGGAAAGCACGACAUAAUGCUUGGUAUGCAGCAUUAGCUUUAAGGCCUGGUUGCCAGGGCUAUGCCACAGAUGUAUGUGUUCCUAUUUCAAAACUUCCACAGAUUGUCAUGGAAACAAAAAAAGAUCUAGAAAAGCAUACGCUUACAGGUCCAAUAGCUGGUCAUGUAGGAGAUGGGAAUUUCCACUGUCUUAUGGUCUUUAACUCCGCAGACCUUGAGGAGGUGCAACGAGUUCACGAAUUUACAAAGCGCUUGGCUAGACGAGCACUGGCAUUAGAUGGAACUUGCACAGGAGAGCAUGGUGUGGGGCUUGGUAAAAAGCAACUGCUGCAAGAAGAAGUAGGCCAUACAGGAUUAAAAGUAAUGGAAAAAAUUAAGACUGUUCUGGAUCCUCAAAACCUGAUGAAUCCUGGAAAAAUUGUUUAAUUGUUGCCAACUUUAAUUUAAAGUUAAUAAUAUAUAAAAUGUAUCUUGGACAAUAGUUUUUGUUCCCUUUUCUGAGUCAUAUUCUUCUUUGGUCAGUGCUUCUCUAGACCACUCAAUUAAGACAAUAUAUUUAUGGUGAUUUUUGUGUGUGUGUGCACACUAUAGCAGUAUUUCUCAAACUCAGUCCUGGGUACCCCCUGCGUCUAUAUAUUUAGUUCCAGCCAGUUACCCUCCUGUUGAUCUUAUUUACUUAGCUAGUCUUUUGUUCUACAUUCAGAUAAACAGUUCUUUAAAUUUGUGAGACAUUUAGAAAUAUUUGUAUUUUUGCUAUAGCUUUAAAUGCUUAACUCUGUUUUUUUGUGAUAUAUUAAUAUAUAAGGCAAAAUUUGGAACAGAGCAGACGCCUGGGAAAACAAACUGAAUGCCAAUAGGCUGCAACUACUUUACUGUUGGACCCACUAAUAUGCUCAUUAGUAAAUAAGGGAUUAAAUAACCAGAACACCUGAAAGAUGAUUAAAAUCUUAAAUAACAAGUUUAAAAAAAACAGCACACACACAUGUAAUGUGUGUAAAAUGCUAAGUACAUUUUAAUAAAAAUUUAGUUUAGAACUUAGUUUUGCAGUUUCAACAGUGAGCCCAAAACAUGGAGUAUAUGAAAUAACAGUCUGUUUAAUUAGGUUGGGAAUCCAACUAAAACAGAAGUUGGUUUGAAAAAAAGCUGCAACCACAUGGGUGCCCAUGGACUGCAUUUGAGAACCACUGUACCAAAGUAAUAUGUUGAAGUUGUUUAGAAAUGAUCAGUUAUUGAUAGAGGCAGAAAAAAUAACAAUACAGUAAACUUUAGGUGCAACAUUUCAGAAAACUAAGAUCAAUUUCUGUAUAAUUGUUAGUAUUUCAUGUUGGUACUUAGUAUUAGCACAACUAUUUGAUUUUACUGCUCAUACAGUAUUAAUAUUUUUAUCUGCCAAAUUUUUGCUGCUAUAAGAGUCACUCAUGAUUGAAUAAGUUAAUAUCAGAAUGAUAAAUAUUAAAUGAAAAUUAUAUUAAUGAAGACAAAUUUAUUUACAAAUUAAGCAUCAAAGAAAAACUUGCUGAAGGAAGGAAGUAGCAGCAGUAUUACUGUGUAAUGUAUAGAAUACAAGUGCAUUAAUACUUGUGAUUCUGUGUAAGAUGCUUUGAAAUUCAUUUUUUUAUUUAGGAACACUACAAUUUAUGUUAUAUAAUGUAAAUAUUUUAUUUAUGUGAAAAUGUUCACAGUAAUAAAGAACUUUCCACAUAAUCUUUAUUUUUAAAAA